AUGACGACGACGGCGCUGAAGAGGCCGGACGCGGGCGAGCGCACGCCGGACUUGGACUGCGGGGCGGAGCGCGAGAAGGAACCUGUGGCAGGGUACGCGCCGAAGAUCUUGGCGUCCUCCCUAUCCGCGGCGGUGCGACGGUGUUUGCUGCAAGGACCGUCGCUCGGGCGAAUGCCAGCCGACAGCGUAGACAUCGCGACCCACGGAUCUGUGUUCAAUCACGUCUCGACUCCCUCCCCCGUCGUCGACACCACCAUGCCUGCCAUUCUGCAAGGACUCGAGGAUAUGCAUAUUAUUGGGUCCUCGGACGAGGAUAUCCCUGUCAUUUCGUCGCGGGACUGGGCUGAGAACCUUGCGCAAAAUCCUACUCGUCGAGCGGUCGACUAUGUGACGAGUCUCUUCCCGAUCUUCAGCUGGAUCACCCGCUACACGCUGUCGGAACUGGUGCACUAA